AUGCCCCUCUCUAUCGCGAUCGUCGGCGCAGGCAUCGGCGGCCUUACCGCCGCCGCAACACUCCGGAAAGCAGGUCAUCAUGUCGAGAUCUAUGAAAAAUCGCACUUCUCUACCGAAGUCGGCGCCGCGCUCGUCGUCGCCCCAAACGGGAUCCGCGUCCUGCGCACCAUAGACUUCUCCCUCGAGAACGCGCGCGGCACACCAAAGUCCGUGUUUGAGCUGCGUGAUGGGCCGAAAUUCGAGCGUGUUAAGGCCGUCGAGCUCGAUGAUGCGGAAGAGCGGUUCGGGGCUCCGUUGUAUACGAUGCAGAGGAGGGAUUUGCAUGCGGAGUUGUUGAGGGUUGUCUCUACUGAUAUAAGUAGUACUGGUGUUUCUGCUGCUGCUGCUCCUAUCGCUACGGAUCCGACCAACGAGGGAGAGACUACUGAAAGUGCGAGAGAAGGAGGAGUGCCCAUCCACCGCGGCCGAAAGGUGAUUUCAGCCGACGCAGAGCGCGGAAUCCUCUACUUCGAAGACGGCACCGAGACCACGGCGGACUUGAUCAUUGCGGCAGAUGGGCUGCAUUCUGUGCUCAAGAGCGUUGUGCUGAAAGAUGAGAUCGAGAGUCCUGCGAAGACGGGGUUCAGUGCGUUUCGGUUCCAGAUUCCGACGGAGGAUUUGCUUUCGGAUGAACACUUCCAGGAGCUCGUGAAGAUUAAAGGAAAUGGGCCUUCUGUGUUGGCGGAUAUGAGGAAUGAGCAGACUAUGGAGCAUAUGGUUUGGUAUGAUUGUCAGAAUGGGGAGAUGCAGAAUUUCGUGGGGAUUCAUAAUCGGUUUGAGAGUGAGGGUGAUGACUAUAAGUCCAUGAUGUUGCAGCGCUUUGGACAUUUUCAUCCCAGUUUGGUGCACGUUAUUAGCAAGGCACCCAAAGUCACAAUCUGGCCUUUGGAUAUCUUCGCCCCCGUCCCUCGCUGGAACCGGGGCAAGAUCCUGCUCAUCGGGGACGCCGCACACCCAAUGCUCCCGUUCAGCGGCCAAGGCGCCAACCAAGCCAUCGAAGACGCCGGCGCCCUAGGCUAUCUUUUCGACGGAGUGCAUUCCGCCGACGAGAUCCCCACGCGCAUCGCUCUGUUCGAAAAGGUUCGCCGGCUCCGUGUCUCACGCACGCAAUUGAUGUCUAGCGUGAGGGUGGGUAAGGAGGGCGAGAUCCAGACGGAGUUGCGUCGGUACGCGGAUCCUCCUGGAGAGGAUGUGCCGCAGACCUUUUCCGAGAGACUAGCGCAUGAUUUCGGGUUUAACGUCUUCGAUAAAUGCCGCGAGGCUCUACGCGAUCACGAGGCGCUGUUGGUGCCGGAGAAAGUCCCGAAGGGUGACGAGGGCUUUGCAUACAAGAACACGAACUAUGCGGCUUAUGGACAGGAGACUACGGCGUGA